GGCGUGUGAUCUCUGUACACCGCAGUGGUCAGAAUAUGGAGAACUUCUCACUCCUCAGCAUCUCUGGACUUCCAAUCUCUUCCUCCGCCCUGAGUGCUUUUCCCGACACUAUGUUCUCUCGUGCCACCAGCCUGCCAGACAUUGCAAAGACAGCGGUACCCACUGAGGCAUCCAGCCCAGCUCAGGCCCUGCCACCCCAGUACCAAAGCAUCACUAUCCGGCAAGGGAUACAAAACACAGUGCUCUCACCAGACUGCAGCUUGGGGGACACCCAGCACGGAGAGAAGCUGAGGCGGAACUGCACUAUCUACCGGCCCUGGUUCUCCCCCUACAGCUACUUUGUGUGUGCAGACAAAGAGAGCCACCUGGAAGCUUACGACUUCCCAGAGGUGCAACAGGAUGAGGGCAAGUGGGACAACUGCCUUUCCGAGGACAUGGCUGAGAGCAUCUGUUCGUCCUCUUCCUCCGCAGAGAACACUUGCCCUCGAGAAGCCACCAAGAAAUCCAGGCAUGGCCUGGACUCCAUCACAUCUCAGGACAUCCUAAUGGCUUCCAGGUGGCACCCGGCACAGCAGAAUGGCUACAAGUGCGCGGCCUGCUGCCGCAUGUACCCUACCUUGGACUUCCUUAAGAGCCACAUCAAGAGAGGCUUCAGGGAGGGCUUCAGCUGCAAGGUGUACUACCGGAAGCUCAAAGCCCUCUGGAGCAAGGAGCAGAAGGCCUGGCUCGGAGACAGGCUCUCCUCAGGCAGCUGCCAGGCCUUCAACAGUCCUGCUGAACACCUUAGGUAA